UGUUUAUUAUCUGCCUGUUUUUAUAUUAUGCCGUACUAUUUGUGCCACUACUGGACUGUUUUAUCUUAUUCAACUGCGAGUCCAACUGGUAAACUUGUGCACAGCAAAACAGAUAGUCGUCCUUUCGUGCGGAAAGGUAGAGACCUGCGGUAUGUUUAUGGUUGCAGAAGCAUUAUCGUUUUCGCAUUGGCCGGAAAAUUAAAUCAACAAUAUGGAGCAACUGCAUCGUGCAUUUCGAUGCCAUUGCUGCAACGAAUUCUCCGACGAUUGGAGAAAACUUGAAACCAGCGUGAUGACGAUAGGAAAAGCUGUUUUAAUUUGCGAUAUGAUCGACAUUUUUCGGCUUCCACAGGAUUGGAGUAUUAAAAAGAACGAUGCGAUAUGUUUAGCUUGCCUGGAACGGCUCGAAUAUUGCUACCAAUUCUAUGCAACGUUACUAAACACAACGGCCAAAGAAAGUAAUAAUUCCAAUGAUCAAACUCCCACGGAAGCAGAUACCUUUGUGCAAUGUUCCUUCUGUGAUAUUUCGUUUGUUACCAAGGUGGAUUUUGAAAAACAUUUAAAAAUACAACAUUCUCAGUCAACACAUCAAUUCUACUAUUGCCAAGCAUGUAAAAAAACAUUUAAAACCAACCGUGGCAUGCUUCAGCAUUGUACAAUCUACCACGAUGCUCAGGAAAAAUACGUAUGCCACAUUUGCGAACGACAGUUUAUCACUAAAACCAACUAUCGGAACCACAUGCGUUAUCACAAAGAUCAUGUUUGCGGCUUUUGUAACAGCGGAUGGAUGGACGAGACCAACCUGUUGGAACAUGUGCGUACUACGCACAAGGAUCGUUUGUUCGUUUGUCGGUUUUGCAACCGAAAGGAAAGGCUGAAGAAGUGUCUCAACCGACAUCUACGUUCAGUCCAUCAGCAGGAAUCGAAUCCAUAUUUCUGUGGUCACUGUGGGCAGGAAAAUUGUUUCUACGAGAGCUACGAAAUGCUUACGGACCAUUUACAGCAACAACAUCGCGAAGACGGCGGAAACGUUCACGGGAAAGAUUCAUACGGGACCUUGUUGAAUGAUUCCUUGCUUGCGAAAGAGUUUGAGCUUCAAGAAAUGAAUGUAAUUGGUAAAGAACAGGAGCAAUUUUUGCAAAAUUUAAAUUUGCGGAGGAGCGGCAAUGAAAAAAAGGAAAUUUCUCGCCCGUUGGAACCAAGAAUCGAUCAAAGGAUGAUUCUGGAAGAUUUUCUCGACGAAGCGUUCGAGAAUGACGAGAUCUGGAAUAAGUACAUCGAAAACGGGGAAGAGUAUUUGAUCGAUGAUUAUGAUUUCUAUUUGAAGGGAAUUGAAGGCAGCACCACGGAACAAGAAUUGUGCAUGUAUUUAUGUCCACAAUGUCAGCGAGGAUUUCAAAAGCAAAAUCAUUUAACAGUUCAUCUGGCCGAGGACCAUAACGUGCCCAGCCUGGUGUGCAACGAUUGUGGAGCUAGCUUUACUCGCUUAUCAAACUAUAGAACUCAUCGACGGGAGCAUCUGAAAGACAAUGUUCGUUUUCGCGAAAGCAAUAUUCCCGAAAUGGAGGAAGCUCUGUCACUCGUGCAAAGCACAUCGCUGGGCUACUCGGUACAUGAAGAAGAUGGUGGUUACAUUUUCACAUGCAAUUUGUGCGACCGCAACUUCCAACGGAAGCAUAAUCUUGAAAAGCACAAAUGUCGAUUCUACGAUCGUCACCAACAGCAGACAUCUACAGAUGGACAAUGUAUUGAGGAAUCCGAACAGGAUCCUUGCUCAAUUUCUCAGCUCCAAACGACAUCAAUCACUGAGAUGGACACACUUCAACGCACGCAUCGAUCAAACAUUGGAGCACCGGAACGUAAGCAGGAAGUCAUCUACUGUAUGCUAUGCGAUCGCCGAUUUAGCUCCACCUCUGGUUUGAAAUAUCAUCUAAAGCGACACACGGGUAUUAAAGCGUUUGCGUGCCUGUACUGUGAGAAAAGGUUUACAGCAAACUCGAACCUGCACGCUCAUAUUCGAAAUGUGCAUAGCGAGAGAAAGGAUUUUCGUUGUACCGAUUGCAACGAAACGUUCACUACUAAAGAUCAUCUCAAUAAGCAUCAACGAUCUCGGCAUCGCCAGGAUCGUGCUUUCGUUUGUGGUGAGUGCGGUAAAAGCUACUUGCAAAAAUCACAUUUGAACGAGCAUGUAGCAGCGAGUCACCGAGAAGAUCGCUACUUGUGCAACGUUUGCAACGGCUCUUACGCUAGUAAAAGUUCUUUGAAACGUCAUCAGGCUAGGCAGAAGCAUUACAUUCAGCAAGAAGAAAAUAUAUGAAUAUGUUCCUAAAAUAUCAGAAUUGUAUCAGUAUUUUUUCUAUAAAUGCACCGAAUCCAUUAUUCCUUGAUGAAAACGC